UUAAGGGCGCCAUCAAUGAAUUAGGUGAAGCUCUUUCUCAUAGACUCAAAGAAGUAGAAGAAAAAGAGGAGGAGGAGGAAGAGGGGCAUUAUUGAAAUGGAGUACUCGAAAGUAACAGCUCUUGAUGAGGAGGAGAAGGUGACAGACAAGAGACCUUCAGUUUCCUAUCAUUACUUAUAUCCAUGCGAUUUCCUUGAAGAAGUACUAAGGGCCCUGUUCAAGUGUUUCGGUCUUGAUAACAAAUCACAGGCCUAUGAAGAACAAGAACCAGAGAAAACCACCGGAGCAAACCCAGAGACAAGCACUCCUUCAACCCCAGAACUACAAGUUGCAGAUCCAUCUGACCCAAAAGAAGCUGCUGAUCCUCCAUCUUCAACCUCAGUAACCACUGAAAUUGCUGCUGCAAGCACAAGGGUUGUAAGUCCACCAAUAGGUAGUGGUAGAGGACCGCAGAUUAACUAAUUAUUUUGAAAACUGAGAUCUCCUUACUAUGAAUCAACCUCGUUCUCUACUGGUCAACAAACUUAAUUAGCUUGUUACAUAUCUACAUAUUUACAAUCAAUGUAAAGUAGCUACCAUUGCGGGAACUAGGCAUAAUUGAUCUCUUAAUUUCCAGUUUCCACUUUCUUAAUUUUUGGAUUUCUCCGUGUUUCAAAGUUUGUAUAUCAGAGAUUGCAAUUGUUA